AUGAUGAAACCCAGCGAGCACAGCGGAUCAGCUUUCCUGAAGGUCGAUCCUGCCUAUAUCCAGCAUUGGAAGCAGCUCUUCCCCCAGACCCAACUGAAAGUCGGUUCAUUGACAGUGAUUCCCAACCAGCUGCAGCCGCUCGACAGAGCUGGCCCGGCAAGCGAGAGCCUCCGCCAGCACUCGGGACCCCUCACCUCCACGGCGUCUUCCACCGCCUCCUCGGCCUCUUCUUCGGCGUGUUCCCUGUCCCUGUCCGGCCUGACCCCCGUCACGGUGCCGCAGAUCUCCGUGUUAGGGCAGCUCGCAGGUUCCGAUCCACCCCUGGCGCUCAACGGCAAUCCGAGCAAGGAGCUUUGUUCACCCGAGACAGAGAGGACGCCGAGAUUCUCCUUCACAACGGAGGAUCUGGACUAUUAUUUGUACGGACAGCAGAGAAUGGAGAUCAUCCCUCUUAACAACCACGGCACCGACCCCAAUAACCGCUGUGACAUGUGUGCUGACAAUCGGAAUGGCGAGUGCCCAAUGCACGGACCACUCCACUCACUGCGUCGUCUCGUGGGCACAAGCAGCAGUGCAGGAACAGCCCCACCCGAUGUGCCCUGCGGACUGCGUGAGCUGCCACGAGAGGUGUGCCUGUGUACCAGUACGGUGCCAGGCCUGGGCUAUGGCAUCUGCGCAGCACAACGCAUCCCACAGGGAACUUGGCUGGGACCUUACCAGGGAGUUUCCAUCUCCAGGGAAAAGGUGCAACUGGGAGGUCUCAGGAACAGCCGUCAUCUCUGGGAGAUAUAUGAUCAAGAAGGAUCCCUACAACACUUUAUUGAUGGCAGUGACCCCAACAAGUCAAAUUGGAUGAGAUACAUCCGUUGUGCAAGACAUUGUGGAGAGCAGAACAUGACUGUUGUCCAGUACAGGUCCUGCAUAUUCUACAGAGCAUGUGAUGAUAUCCCGAGAGGAGUGGAACUUCUGGUCUGGUACAACGAUAGCUAUACAUCAUUCUUUGGGAUCCCUUUUCAGUGCAUUGCACAAGAUGACAAUUUGAAUGUUCCAUCAACUCUUGCUGACAUCAUGACCAGGCAUGAGACAUUACAGUCGUUCAACAAAUCUGGCAAACUUCCACCGACGGGCGUUUAUCGUUCUCUAAGGUUCCCAGAGACACCAUGCAGCAAAGUGCUGUCUGACAAAGCAGGGGUGAAUGACUCCAUGGCCAACCACAUCAACAUGAAGAACCAGCGGGUACUGGCAAGUCCAACCUCAACCAGCCAUUUAAGUGGAGAGUUCAGUGACUGGCACCUCUGGAAGUGUGGACAGUGCUUUAAGACCUUCACCCAGCGGAUCCUUCUGCAGAUGCAUGUGUGUCCACAGAACCCAGACAGGCCUUACCAAUGUGGACAUUGCUCACAGUCCUUCUCCCAGCCUUCGGAGUUGAGGAACCACGUGGUAACUCACUCUAGUGACAGACCUUUUAAAUGUGGGUACUGUGGACGUGCCUUUGCUGGAGCUACAACACUGAACAAUCAUAUCCGGACACAUACAGGGGAGAAGCCAUUUAAGUGCGAGAAAUGUGAUCGGAGCUUCACACAAGCCACACAGCUGAGCCGACACCAACGGAUGCCCAACGAAUGCAAGCCAAUGACAGAAAGCACAGAAUCAAUUGAAGUGGAUUAACUGAUUGACUGGCUGGAAUUAAACUGCAAGGAAAGUCAUGAUUAAAUGUCAUGGAUACUUAAGCAAAACCAAAGAUUUCCUCUGAGCAACUUUCAAUCAGUCCCAGAAAAGCAAAAGCAGUAAUAAAAUAAGUAAGAUGUUAAAAGAUAUUGAUCUUGGCAUAGGAGAGAGAGAAACAAACCAGGAAAAAAAGAUUAUUUAUUUAUGAAUAAGGUAACGGCUCAUUUCAAUGGACAAAGUCAAAUAAUGGGACACCUCUGCAGAUUCCUAUGACCAGAAUAUAUUACAUUUCUAAGAACCUUUUAAUUGUUAUUUAAUACCAAAGCGAGAAAAAAAAUAUUAAUUAGUGGGUUCAGUAGCCCACAAUUGUGACUGAGAAUGCACAUUGUUUUUUUGCACCUUUUUAAGCAUGACCUGAGGGACACAGAUCUUUUAUCUUUUUUUUUCAGUGGUGAUGUCUACAAGAGAAGCCAGAAAUUGCAUUUUGAAUUAAAGAGUCCCAGAUUUAUUGUAAAAUGCAAAGGUACAUUUUCCUUAUUGGAUUGGGACUCUGCAAUUCAGAAUUACAAAAUGUAAAACUGCAGCCAAUCAGCAUUAAUAGUAAAUGUAUUACUGCAGUUCUGCUGGC